UGAGAUAAUUAGUAUUCCCUUGUAUUCUCAUUCUCUCCCUUCAUCUUUCAUUUUCUCAGCUCAGUCCAUCCACAAUGGCUACGACUGAUCAUGGAAAUGAGAUAGUCCCAGUGGAUCAAUCUCCAACACCCCAAAGGCCAGACAUAGUUCGCAAUUCAUUUCAACGACACUACCCUCCUGAUUUUCCAAGAAAGGUUUUUGCAGAGAUCAUUGCAACCUACUUGCUGGUGUUUGUGACGUGUGGAUCAGCUGCUGUGAGUUCCAAUGACGAGAACAAAAUCUCAAGGCUUGGAGCUUCCAUUGCAGGUGGGCUUAUAAUAACUGUAAUGAUCUAUGCAGUUGGGCAUGUCUCUGGUGCACACAUGAACCCAGCUGUUACUGUGGCAUUCGCAGCUGUCAGACGUUUUCCAUGGAAACAGGAGCAAACACAGAUAGAUUACAUAAAACCUUUGGCGGGGUAUAAUUUAUUGCAGGUCCCAUUUUAUGGUGCAGCUCAACUCACGGGAGCAAUUUCUGCAGCGUUCACACUUAGGGUAUUACUGCAUCCGAUAAAAAAUCUUGGCACAACAUCACCUUCAGGAUCGGAUGUUCAAGCUCUGGUCAUGGAAAUAGUCGUCACAUUUUCGAUGAUGUUUGUCACUUCAGCUGUAGCAACUGAUACUAAAGCGGUAGGAGAGCUAGCAGGCAUAGCUGUUGGUUCUGCGGUCUGCAUCACUUCCAUCUUGGCAGGACCAAUAUCAGGUGGAUCAAUGAACCCAGCAAGGACCAUAGGACCAGCACUUGCUAGUGCUCACUACAAGGCAAUUUGGGUGUACGUGGUUGGCCCAGUGACAGGAACCUUGAUGGGGGCAUGGUCUUACAGUCGGAUUCGGGAAACAGACAAGCCGGUUCAUGCAAUCUCUCAACAAUCGUCUUCAUUCAAACUUCGCCGGAUGAGGGGCCAAGAUGGAGAGCUUCCAAUCAAGGACCCUUUCAAUGAUCCUUGAAUUGAUCCACUUUGCAACAUCAAGGGCAAUCCUCACUAGCUCUUUUCAUGUACCCUGAAAGCUAGAUUAUGAGCUUAGCACAAAUGUUCUUGCUUUUGCAGUUGUGAUAAAUAGUGUAAGCUAUAGUAAAUAGAAUUAAGAAUGUAAUAUAAAAUAAUAGUGAAGAAGAAGCAAAGCCUGCUCCGGCUACUUCAACA